AUGUCAUUCGUAUCUGACACGUUACUCUCUGGUGGUGCACGACUGCAUAUAGGAAGAGGAGGACACCAAGGGAAGGAUGUUGGGGAGCAGUCAUGCCAGACCCAGCGCGGGCGGUUAGACCCUCUGAUUCGGCUCGUGAAAGAUCCAUUUGGUGUACUCGGCCGUGGCAGAGACGUAGACGAGAAUGCGCAGAAGGUCAAAGAUGAGGAACCUCGUAAGCAAUUGUUGUAUUUGCGCAUGCGAGACGCCGAAUCCUAUGAUGACUGGAAAGCCGCGGCCACCGAAUUGGACACACUCGAAGGCAACGAUGCCUGGAAAAUGGAAGACAAAUCGUCUGAAUACGAUGCUGAGCUCGUCAAGGUCCGCCUGGGUCAGCUCGACGAGGCUCGUCUCAAUUGCGACGUAAAGCGCAUGCUGUUCCUCGUCCGAACAACCCUCACACGCGGACUCGGUGGCAUGGGCGAUCUGCGCCUGUACAAGCAUUCACAUGUCGGCACGAAGAAACUCAUAGAGCGAUACAUCGACUCGGCAGUACAGACACUGGCAGCAAUCCCUGAAGUCGCGGCCAAGCAGGGUGACAAUUGCCCUGUCAAGCCCUACAAAGUCGCCGAAGAGCUCCUUCGCACCCGCCAAUCGUUCGGCCGAACAGCGCUUCUAUUGUCCGGUGGGGGUACAUUUGGAAUGAACCACAUUGGCGUAGUCAAGUGCUUAUGGGAAUUGCAACUUCUUCCACGGAUUAUAUCAGGCGCCUCUGCGGGGAGCAUUGUCUGCGCUGUCUUGUGCUCCAAGACCGAUGCUGAGAUCCCAAGCGUUUUGACCGACUUUUGCUAUGGAGAUUUGGACGUGUUCGAGAGAGCUGGUGCAGAAGAGGGUGUCAUUCAGAAAGUUUCGCGGUUCCUGAAGUAUGGGUCGUUAUUUGACAUUUCGCAUCUGCAGAGAGUCAUGAGGCAGAUGCUGGGCGACAUCACAUUUCAGGAAUCUUACAAUCGGACGCGAAGAAUUCUUAAUAUCACCGUGUCGAGCGCGAGCGUCUAUGAGCUCCCGAGGCUACUGAACUACGUUACGGCGCCGGAUGUCAUGAUUUGGUCUGCAGUGUAA